AUGGAAGACGAUAGGAGGGCACCAUCCCCAGAUCCUAACUACCACUCAGAUUCCCCGGAUACGCCACGCUCUGCGGCAGGCAACACAGAUCUAGCUGGAGUAUACCAGCUGAUGACGCAGUUACUCCAGCAGCAGCAGGAGAUGCAGCUGGCCACCAUACAACCAACCAACUCCUAUUAUGAAAAUUUUAGACGAUUGAACCCACCAGUAUUUGACGAAGGAUCGGACCCGAUAGCAGCUGAGACGUGGGUUCGGAAAAUGGAGAAGAUGUUCCAAGUGCUUCAGUUUUUUGAAGAAACAAAGGUCCGAUUAGCCAUUCCCCAGCUAAAAGGAAGUGCUGAAUUUUGGUGGACAACCAUGGAACCAGCAUACCCCGCCAGUAGGAUAACUUGGAUGGACUUUACGAGGAGCAGGGAAGAGCAUGAGGUUCAUUUGAGAAUGGUACUUCAGACCCUUCAGAAGAAAAGGUUAUAUGCCAAGCUGAACAAAUGCGAGUUCUGGUUGAGCAUCGUGGCAUUCCUCGGUCAUGUGAUCUCCGAGGAUAGAGUGUCGGUGGAUCGCAAGAAGAUAGAAGCAGUGGUAGAUUGGCCUCGUCCCACCAAUGUCAAAGAAAUUAGAAGCUUUUUGGGACUGGCCGGGUAUUACCGACGACUAGGCUGUGUAUUAAUACAAAAUGGCAAGGUAGUAGCCUAUGCCUCUAGACAGUUAAAAUUCUAUGAGCAAAAUUAUCCAACCCACGACCUGGCGUUGGCUGCAGUGGUCUUUGCCAUGAAGAUCUGGAGGCACUACCUAUAUGGAGAGCAUUGUGAGGACUAUGAUUUGAGUAUUAAAUACCAUCCAGGCAAAGCCAACGUGGUGGCUGAUGCUCUGAGUAGAAAGUCAGCGGUAAGUUCAGCUGCACUACUCACCGCCCAGCCGCAGAUUCAGAAGGAUCUUGAUAAGCUGCAGGUUGAAGUAGUUGCACAAACUACAAGGAGUCUAUUGGCCACUCUCAGAAUCCAACCAAUAUUGAUCGACAGAAUAAAGAUCGCCCAGCAGUCUGAUGUACACACAAGUCAACUCAGGGAUGAAGUAAAGAAAGGGUUACGACCCGAACUCCAGAUUCACUCAGAUGGUACCUUGAGGUUCGGUCAUCGAUUAUAUGUUCCAGCUGAUGCUGAAUUGAAAAAGGAGAUCCUAGGAGAAGCCCACCAGUCUCAUUUCUCUAUCCACCCUGGCAGUACCAAGAUGUACAGGAACCUCCGAGAGCAUUACUGGUGGAAGGGUAUGAAAAGAGAAAUAGCUGAAUAUGUUGCCCGAUGCAUGACCUGUCAGCUGAUAAAAGUAGAACACCAGAGGCCAGCAGGAUUACUAGAGCCACUAGAAAUUCCAGAAUGGAAAUGGAAGCAUAUUACUAUGGACUUUGUUAUAGGGCUCCCAAGAACAGUAAAAAGAAAUGAUGCAGUGUGGGUGAUUGUUGACCGCCUCACAAAGUACAUCCUAGAUCCCAGCCAUGUAAUACAAUAUGAACCUCUACAGAUAAAUGAAGACCUGACCUAUGAGGAAGUCCCUUUGCGCAUCGUCGAUAAGGAGCAGAUUCUUCGGAGGCACACCAUUCCUUACGUCAAAAUCCAGUGGACCAACCACACUGAACGAAAAGCCACCUGGAAACUUGAAGAGAAGAUGCGUCAAAGUUACCCCCAACUCUUCGAAAAUUGA